UACUCCUCAAAGCGCCCCCACCUCCUCCGGAGCAGUGCGCAUGCCAGGGACUCCGGUAGCCCGCAACCGUGGCCGAGCUGUCUCCGCCUCGCCAGCGCUCGUCUGCGGCGCCCCGACCCCCUUUGGCGCUCCCGCAGUUCCCCGCACUCCGCAGCCGAAGCCGUGCUCCCGACGGCCGCGGGUGGCGGGCAAACCCUCGCCGCGAGCGCGCGGAGGGCAAGAAGAGGAUGGCCACCUCCGGCGUGGAGAAGAGUAGCAAGAAGAAAACGGAGAAGAAACUCGCGGCUCGGGAAGAAGCCAAGCUGCUGGCUGGUUUCAUGGGCGUCAUGAACAACAUGAGGAAGCAGAGAACAUUAUGUGAUGUGAUCCUCAUGGUCCAGGAAAGAAAGAUACCUGCUCACCGUGUUGUCCUUGCUGCAGCCAGCCACUUCUUCAACUUAAUGUUCACAACUAACAUGCUCGAAUCUAAGUCCUUUGAAGUGGAACUCAAAGAUGCUGAACCUGAUAUAAUUGAACAACUGGUGGAAUUUGCCUAUACUGCUAGAAUUUCUGUGAAUAGCAACAAUGUCCAGUCUUUGUUAGAUGCAGCGAAUCAGUACCAGAUUGAACCUGUGAAGAAAAUGUGUGUUGAUUUUUUGAAGGAACAAGUUGAUGCUUCAAAUUGUCUUGGUAUAAGUGUGCUUGCAGAGUGUCUGGACUGUCCUGAACUGAAAGCAACAGCAGAUGACUUUAUUCAUCAGCAUUUCACUGAAGUGUACAAAACUGAUGAAUUCCUACAACUUGAUGUCAAACGCGUUACACAGCUUCUCAGCCAGGACACUCUUACUGUGAGAGCAGAAGAUCAGGUUUAUGACGCUGCAGUGAGGUGGUUGAAAUACGACGAGCCGAAUCGCCAGCCUUUUAUGGUGGACAUCCUUGCCAAAGUCAGGUUCCCUCUUAUAUCAAAGAAUUUCCUGAGUAAGACAGUACAAGCUGAACCACUUAUUCAAGAUAAUCCUGAAUGCCUUAAAAUGGUGAUAAGUGGAAUGAGAUACCAUCUACUGUCUCCUGAAGAUCGAGAAGAACUUGCAGGUGGCACACGGCCUAGAAGAAAGAAACACGAUUACCGCAUAGCCCUGUUUGGCGGCUCCCAACCACAGUCUUGUAGAUAUUUUAACCCAAAGGAUUACAGCUGGACAGACAUUCGUUGCCCCUUUGAAAAACGGAGAGACGCAGCAUGUGUGUUUUGGGACAAUGUAGUAUACAUUUUGGGAGGUUCUCAGCUUUUCCCCAUAAAGCGCAUGGAUUGCUACAACGUUGUGAAGGAUAGCUGGUAUUCCAAACUGGGUCCUCCAACGCCUCGAGACAGCCUUGCUGCCUGUGCUGCAGAAGGCAAAAUUUAUACAUCUGGAGGUUCAGAAGUAGGAAACUCGGCUCUGUACUUAUUUGAGUGCUAUGACACAAGAACUGAGAGUUGGCACACGAAGCCCAGCAUGCUGACGCAGCGCUGCAGCCACGGGAUGGUGGAGGCCAAUGGCCUCAUCUAUGUUUGUGGUGGAAGCCUAGGGAACAAUGUUUCUGGGAGAGUGCUCAGUUCCUGUGAAGUAUAUGACCCUGCCACAGAGACAUGGACUGAGCUGUGUUCAAUGAUUGAGGCCAGGAAGAAUCACGGGCUGGUGUUUGUAAAGGACAAGAUAUUUGCUGUGGGCGGUCAGAACGGCUUAGGUGGUCUGGACAAUGUGGAAUAUUACGAUAUUAAGCUAAAUGAGUGGAAAAUGGUGUCACCAAUGCCGUGGAGGGGUGUAACGGUGAAGUGUGCAGCAGUUGGCUCUGUCAUCUAUGUCCUGGCAGGUUUUCAGGGCGUAGGCAGGUUGGGGCACAUCCUUGAGUAUAAUACUGAAACAGACAAGUGGAUUGCCAACUCCAAAGUCCGUGCUUUCCCAGUCACAAGUUGUCUGAUUUGUGUUGUUGAUACUUGUGGGGCAAAUGAAGAGACCCUUGAAACAUGAGUGAAAAGUGGACCCCUAACUCACCUGAGACCAGAAACAUGGCCACCAGUGGUUUGUCCCCAAGAGUUUGGUUAUGAAGUUGUGGUCUGGUAUUUUGAUUAAGUAAGAUCCCAAUAAGAUAAAUCUAUUUUAUCUGGGUUUCCUUACUUAAUUCAAAGACCAUAUUUAGCUGGCCAUAUAACCAAGAGCCUAUCAGCCAGAAAAACUAAAAGGUUAUAAGCAUUUCCUGAAAGUAUGAAUUUCAAAUAUAUAAUUGCUUCUGGCAGAGUGAGGCAUGCUCAUCAGAGACGUGGCCUUGGCUGAGCUCUAGAUUCUAUUUUCCUAUUGUGUAAGUGCUGCGUAGUUAGGUCUGUUCCUGUUGGCCAAGAGCUAAGUAGUAGUAGUAUGAAUUACAGUUCAGUUCAAGAUGGUGAGCUCUGAUAGAGUAAUUUUCCAUAGUGUUGUGUAUUUUGCUUGUCUUCAUUUAUUUCAUUUAGUGCCAAAUUAUUCCAUUGUAAAGUAAACAAGAGUGGCUCAAGGCAUACAUAUUUUCUUACAAAAAUUCACAGACUUUGGGACUUAACACUGUAUCCAAUUACUUAUGAAAUAUAUUCAGCCCAAUUAAGUGAAAUAUUCCACAUUGUCUUGUAAAAUACUAAGCUUAUAGCACCCAUCAUUAACUUACAGGGUUUUACUCAGCAGUGUAAAAAGUGCUUUGCAUCCUCAGUCUCCUCUGUGAGAGCCAGUCACACUGAGAGUGGGUAACCAACAGAAGAAACACUGUUUGAAGAAACUUCUAGAUUAUAGAAAAGCACUGAUAAUUGUAUAGCCCAGUAUCAUAUGGAUUUUAAAAAGCUACUGUUUUCUUUUUCUCCUAGCAGAAUGUGUUAGAGAUAACUGGGUUUUCUCUAAAAGUUUUGUAAUAAUUUGUAUUAAAUAUGUCACUAUUCGUUGAUUUAUAUGUGGACAACAAAUUACCAAACCACCAAUUAAUUUUCUCCAAUAAUGUUUUACUCUUUGACUAUGUAUGAAAUGUGUCAUGUAAAACUGUCACCCAUCAAUGUUUUUAUCUGAUAUUAAAUAUUUUUAACUUAAAAUAGAUUUGCUCUGUUCAUUCUAAGUGUGUUCAACAAUGUGUUUUAAACCUUGUGAAAGUGUUUCCAUUUAAAAAUGUUCUCUAUAUGGAGAUGAUUAAAGUGUUUAAAUUAAAAAUGAAUUUGAAAAAUGGCAGGUUUAUCUGUCGAA